AUGAUGUCCCUCUUACUCUCCAACAGCAUAGACAGCGUCCUUGCUGCCUCUUCUCCGACUCUUCCUAGCAUAACCAAGCCCGCCCUGCCCAAACGCUCACACAGAAGAUCAUUCGUAAGUGCAACGCCUCCUCCUCUUCCUCCCUCACCCCCUCUGUCAGCGCCUUCACCGACCAUCACAGCAUCUACCUCGAUGAUGACACUCUCAUCCAACGAGGAUGCCCGUCAGAGCUCUAGGUUGAAGCGUGCGAGUACGGGGACGUCAACUUCGAUGCCAUCUGUUGCGCCAUUAAAGAUCUCCAGCAACAAGGCUUCCCGUCCUGUCACUGCCGACGCAGCCAUGACACCGCCCCUGGCUGCUCAGCCAUCAUCUUCCAACUCGCCUUUCUCAGCAGCGAGCACGCCCACGAUGCCGCCUAAGAGUCGGCACAGAAACUCGGUACAUUCACCCGGAUCCCCGCCAUACCCACCCAUCUCCAUCACCCCGUCCAUCACGGCCCGCUCCUCGAGAGACGACUUUGUCAAAGGUAUUGGCCUCGACUUUGACUCGCCAGAGCCUCUCUCUCCAAGCAUCUCGACAGUACACUCCAGCUUCCCUAGACGAGCAUCCAGCUCUCGACGCUCGUCUACCUGCAUGACAUACACAUCCUCCUCAACAAGCAGCAAAGGCAUUCAUGCCGCCUCCGCCUCCACAUUCAGCCAACUCGACCACACAGACACGGCUUGCCAUAUCCAGUCAAAAGACGACAGUUCCCCCACAUCGCUCUCUUCCGUAGCCACUUCCAUUCCUGACAAGUCUCAACUGCUGUUGCCAGUCCACGCAAAGUCGCACGAUGCCCUCUUCUCACGCUCUCGCUUUGCUGCCAGCGACGCAUUUGAGUCUGCUGCCAUCGCAGCAAGCACGCCGAGACGCGCCUCUCUACUCACGCCUGUACCCAUGGCCAUCUCUCGCAGCCAUCAAGAGAUGAUCGACGACAGUCCAAACAAGUUUCAGCGAAACGAAGUCCAAGGUAUCUUUGACUCUGUCCGCGGCUUGAUGGCCGAUUUACGCUUUGGUAUGGGCCAUGAGCCAUCCAACAGUACUCAACCUCCUCCACCGAGAUCACAGAACUGGCUUGAUAAAAGUAAGCAAGCGUCCGCUGCUGGUGAUGGCAGGGACCUCGCAAGUUGCCUUGCCACUCCGCACCGCUGUCAAGCUGGCGCAAGCAGGGAGGCCGUUGCCCUCCCAACUGUCUUGGCACCUCAAGCGGAUGAAAGCACUCCCAGCAUCAAAGUUGCGGUGGUCCAGGCCUCGUCUUCGCCGGCUGCCUCGAAUGAGGACACCCAAGAUGUCCCUGCAGCUCCUGCGCCGCAGCCGACACAACACAAGCUUGCACCGCUCGCUCCAAUACAAAUUGCUAAGAUCACCGGCACCGAAGGUGGUACAUCCACAGGUGUGCGUGGCCUAUGGGGUUUCCUCCGCGCUCCCUCUCCAUCAUCGAAAGCCGCUGCUAUGGCAAGAUCAACCUCGGCCUCGUCGUACUCUUCGGCGUCCUCCUUUGUGCCUCGGUCCACAUCAUCUGCAGUUGUCGACAACCUGUCGACAAGCAACCUUCUCUCCAAUUCGGGCUUCUCCCUCUUCAGUCGCAAACUCACCAACCGUUGCACCUCUGAUACUCACGCCUCGUCAGUCACCCAGGAUGACGAGAUUCCAAUCCGCCUACCGCGCAGACAGGUGGAUGAAGACAAGCUUGCAGAUCUCAUCAUCUCCUGUGCCGACGCUCGUCAUAUCCUCAAGACCGACAAUUCGCCCGCCAAGCUCAAAGAAGUAGGUCUCAAACUCGAGCUCGGCUGGCGAGAGCAGCUCGCCGAGGCACAAAAUUUGCGAAGUCGGCUUGAAGUGACACAGGAUACUGUGGAGGACUUGGAGGAGGAGAACAAACAUUUGCGCUCCCAGCUCGGCUCCCUCUCCGAGCAGAUUGUGAGUAGAGAGGAGGAUAUGAGACAUUUGGGAGAGGCUACCGCAACGCAGAUCGCAAGAGAGAGGAAUGCUGCGGCUGUAGAGACGGAGGCAGUGAAAGCAGAUGCGAUGCUCAAGACUGUUUGUCUUUCCAAACAGCUGGCGGAAGAGAAGGCUUUUGCUCUCGGAUUGGGUCUGACGCUGCGUGAGAAGCAGUAUCACAAUUCCUUGUCUGGCUUGCAUGCGUUCCGUGAAGGAUCGGAGCAAGAGGCAGACCCGUCUACUGAUAGGAGUAUGGAUGCAAGUCAACGCGGGAGCCUGGCUGGCACUUCACUCGGCCUUGCCGUCUCUGGCGCAAGAGAGGAUGGCAGACCGCCAAGUGUGCUCUUUGAACUUGCUGGUGACUUGGAGGAUCCACUUGCUACCACUGCCGAUACCUUCUUACCGCAACUCCGACGCUAUGCCCUGUUACAAGGUCGUCCGAACCAAUCUGACGCGUCGGACGAUGCGCUUGGCUUGGCGUACGAAGAGCUCUUCCGCUGUUCAGUCCAUCGUUUCGCACACGGUGCUGCUGCACCACCAUCGACGCUUGUCGACGAGCGUGUUCUGCUGAUUGGCACAGAUCGAAAACUGCUCCUUGCCUUGGUGCAGAAGCUGACCGCUCUGGGUUUGACCCAGGUCUUGUUGGCCACACCAGUCUGGUCUGGCUCGUCGCCACGUGCAGCUUCGGCCUCGAUGCGAAGUCGUGGUGUGCACUGUGUCUCCUUUGACAUCAGUGCUGACAACGCUUGGGCAACUUUGAUGGAAGAGGCCAUCAGCAAGCUUGAAGGUCAGAUCGACUGCGUUGUCAACGCUUUCGAUCAGCUCAGUAUCGAGCGGCUUACCGCAGUGUCGAGCUUGCUCAAGCAUCAGGCGUCGGCACGGAACGGAGCUGUGCUUUCUUCCGAAACGUCGACGAAACAAGCCCUGAGCGUGGUCAACGUUGUCUACGAGUCUCAGCCGGCGGUUGCUGCCGACGUUGACGGCGCAGACACAGAUGCUGAAACGACAAUGUGCACGAUGGCCUUGAUCGGUCUGGCUAGUACUUUGGCUGUCCAAAACAACGCAUCUCGUUCGACGACACCUUCACAGGCUGUGCGUUUUAACACGGUCGUUUUGUCGCACCUGCAAUGCAAAGCUCAGUCUGGUGUAUCGAGAGACAAUGAAGCAGCUGUCGAAGGAAUUCUGCGUCUCGUCGAUCCUUGCAGCUCUGUUCAAGGUUGCGUACUUGACACUGUCGCAGAUAUGCCAGCGCGAUGCCUCGGCGCACCGCUCUGCGCAGCUCUUCCCGCUUUAUUCUGUUCGCCCAGCCUCAGUUGCUCUGCCUUUGCCAAGACAUCAAAGGCUUCGGGUUUAAUCAGUCGAUUUGCAGCAAACGACUCGAAUGGACACCAGUGGCUGAAGAUGCACAAACGCGUCGCUGAUGUAGAGUUGCUCGAUGCACUCGAAAAGCAGAACGAAGCUUUGAGGAAAAGGUUGGAGACCAUCGAACGAUCUUAUGCUAUGUUGUUGGAGAAGAGUGUUAGUCAGUCGUCGCUUGGGCCAGAGGUUGCCACGUAG